AUGUCAUCGAACUCAGGCCGUCCUGGCCAUUGUGAAUAUUGCGGUCACCCAAAGGCUGUGCACGCAAGACAUGACCAAGACACCCAAUGUCGCCGGUGCCCAGAUUACUUCGAGAUCUGUCAAGCACCCUCCCAUGACUCCUCCCUAGGCUGGAAGAUCUGCAAGCGCUGUACAUGUGGACGAGCCUACUAUCCGAGCCGGGCUAAUGUAGCUCGAGAUUUGGACCCGAGCGAUUAUGCACCAACCCAUCCGGACUAUGUACCUGAUCACACGGCUGAUGCCUCUUCUCUCUUCUAUGAGCAACUCCCAUCGAUUCGUUCAGGUGACCCAUUCGCUUCAAGAUCGACCCGCCGUGAGAUACCUCCAGAAGACGUGGCCGACAACACAUAUUCUACCGAUGCAUACUCAUCCGUCGAUCGGAAUGCUCGAGUCUCUUAUCCAUCCCACCAAAGGACCUUAUCGGAUGAUCCUAUUACAGCGGGCUCUUCCAACUUACAGCUACCAACCCGGAUAGUGGAUAGUGCUGGGAAUUUUGGGAUGGCAUUCGACAACCUGUCCGUAGACGACCUGGCAGCUGCCUCCUCUGAGCAGACACACAGCACUCACAGUACUGUCGGACAUGACCUUAGUGACAGUUUCCUGCUGGAAUAUGGAUUUCAGCAAUUAAGGAUUGGCACCACCGCCGCCAAUUACUAUGAGCAAAACAGCGACGAUGACUCUGACUCUGACGGCGAUGAUGAUGACUCUGACGAUAGCGACUUUGAGUACGAUGACGACAACUACUCCAGCGUCACAGCCCCCGGCCCUAGUCUCUCGACCUAUACGAAUCGUGAUUCCUACGAGCCAGGACCUUCUAAGUUUCCGCAUAAGCAUGAAGGCCACGAGAAUGAGAGCAAGGGCAAGGGCAAGGAGAGCAAGGGCAAGGAGAGCAAGUGCAAGGAGCGCAAGAGCAAAGAGUCCAAAGGCAAGGAGAAAAAGGGCAAGGACAAGGACAGCAAGGGCAAGAGCAAGGACAUCAAGGGCAAGGGCAAGGGCAAGGGCAAGGAGUCCAAAGGCAAGGACAGCAAGCGCAGCAGGUAGAUUCCUGUUCACAACUCAAGUAAACCUAGAGACAUAUAAUGAGCGACUGCUGGCGUCAUUAGGCUGACAAGACUAUUAAUCUGUAAGCCAGACGAUCUUGUUUAGGCUGAGCUCAGCAAGCUUGCUUGCAACUUCAUUUUCCGACGUCCAUGUAGAAGAAUUGGC